AUGCAAAUAGACGGCUCCAAUGAGCGGCACAUUCAAGUGUCGUUCUUCAUAAAGAACGAGAAAGAGAUCUCAAUUCCGGAUGAUGUUUUUGACGUUCCAACGACAGCAGACAGUGAAAACUUGAAUGCACUUGUUAAUCAAAGCAUCAAACAAAACGAAGAUGAUUGGACGGAUACGAAAUUCGAACUCUUGAUUGGCGAGACUUUUCUCCGGAGCACGCUGAACGAAUUCAUCGAGGAAUAUUCAGUCGACACGGAGCAUGUUGUGAAGAUUGAGUGCAUUCUUGGAUUGGAGCCACCAAAGCCACUUUUCGAUUUACCAGCCCCCGACUGGAUCAGUAGCGUUCAUUCUUUCAACAAAUAUGUUUUGGCCACAACUUUCAAUGGAGAAAUAUUGGUUUGGGACCGAAAAGGAAAGAAGAUUGCACAAAUUUCUAAGGAUUCCGGAACUGCUUACAAGUGCUCAGAAAUUAUUACAUCACCGAAAGGAGAUUCAAUUGAUGGUCUUACAUUGGCGGUCAGUGGAGAAAAGCCAAGCAUAUCUAUUCUGGAGUUUCGAGGGAAAAUGGCUACAACUUUGCAACAACUUAGAGGACAUGAAAGGAGUGUGAGCUCUAUUGCGACUAAUAAGGACAAAACACGGCUGAUCUCUGGAGCGUUUGAUUCGCAUUUAAAAGUUUGGAACUUACAAGAAAGCGCCGGCUCAAUUGAGAAGCCAACUGAAAGCAAUGAUAAAUCGAAGCGUAAGAAGGAAAACUUUGUAACCAAGGUUCCAAUGGUUACUCUCGGUGGUCAUAAAGAUGCUGUCGUCGCAGUGAAAUGGUCUGCUUGGAAUGACGCUCAUUGUGUCUCGGCUUCUUGGGAUCACUCAAUCGCUGUCUGGGAUCUGGAACUUGCUGGCGAAAUUUCAAGAAUAAGACAUUCAAAAGCGUUCACUUCCAUUGACGUACAUCAAACAACUGGAUUGGUGAUUUCUGGAUCAGCUGAUUCGAUUCCACGACUAUUUGAUACGAGGAGUACUGAAGGCAGUUUGGUAAAACAAUCGUUUGUUGGCCAUACCGGAUGGAUCUCUUCAGUGAAAUGGCAUUAUGCGCAGCCGAAUGUUUUCAUUUCUGGAUCGUUCGAUUCGGUUGUAAAACUAUGGGAUAUUCGAAGCUCCAAAACAAGUUUAUAUGAUCUACAUGGACACACUGAUCGAGUGAUGUGUGUUGCGAGUGGAGAUGAUGCGACAAUUCUUUCUGGUGGUGCAGACUCGACGGUGAAAGUUUUCGGACAA